AUGGAGAGGAGCCCCUGCUCCCUGAAGGCACUCGCCGGGGCCUGGAUCUUUUUUGCCUUCGGGACCUCGUCAGUUUUUGCCUCCAAAAUCGGAGGACCAGAGUGGACCUGCAUUAGGCGCAGUCUCCCGCCCCUCAGCAUCUCUACUCCGCCAGCCCGAUCUCGGCGCCUCUGUUUGGGGAAGCGGGCGCGCUUCCCGCGUGGCCCUGUGUCUCGGGUAAAGCGUCUCACCUCCCUUGAACCCCGGGCCGCCGUUUGCGCCCCCAAACCAUUCGGCGGCGGGGCCCCAAGCCGCAGCCCCGUCUCCCCGGACAGGCAGCCCGGGAUCGGGCCGGCCCGGCGCAGGCCCCCAGCACCGGAGGCACCAUGUUCCCCCGGCCCGCUGACCCCGCUGGCGGCCCCAAAUGGCGCCGAGCCCCUGGGCCGGGCGCUGAAGCGGGCCCCCUUGGGCCGGGCCCGGGCCGGGCUGGGGGCGCCGCCCCUGCUGCUGCCGUCCAUGCUGAUGUUCGCGGUGAUCGUGGCCUCCAGCGGGCUGCUGCUCAUGAUCGAGCGGGGUAUCCUGGCCGAAAUGAAGCCCCUUCCCCUGCACCCUUCCAACCGCGAGGGCGCAGCCUGGCGCGGGACGGCCCGCCGGCCUGGGGGGCUGACCCUGGAUGCCGGGGACUCGGACUUGCAGGUGAGGCAGGACAUCCGAAACCGGACCUUGCGGGCAGUGUGCGGACAGCCGGGCAUGCCCCGGGACCCUUGGGACUUGCCGGUGGGACAGCGGCGCACCCUGUUGCGCCACAUCCUCGUGAGUGAUCGCUACCACUUCCUCUACUGCUACGUCCCCAAAGUGGCCUGCUCCAACUGGAAGCGGGUGCUGAAGGUGCUGGCGGGCGUCCUGGACAGCGUGGACGUCCGCCUCAAGAUGGACCACCGCAAUGACCUGGUGUUCCUGGCCGACCUGCGGCCUGAGGAGAUCCGCUACCGCCUGCAGCACUACUUCAAGUUCCUGUUUGUGCGGGACCCCUUGGAACGCCUUCUCUCUGCUUAUCGCAAUAAGUUUGGCGAGAUCCGAGAGUACCAGCAGCGCUAUGGGGCUGAGAUCGUGAGAAGGUACAGGGCAGGAGCUGGGCCCAGCCCUGCAGGGGACGAUGUCACCUUCCCUGAAUUCCUGAGGUACCUAGUAGACGAGGACCCUGAGCGCAUGAAUGAGCAUUGGAUGCCUGUGUACCACCUGUGCCAGCCUUGUGCUGUCCGCUAUGACUUUGUAGGCUCCUAUGAGAGGCUGGAGGCUGAUGCCAACCAGGUGCUGGAGUGGGUGCGGGCACCACCCCAUGUCCGAUUCCCAGCUCGCCAGGCCUGGUACCGGCCUGCCAGCCAGGAAAGCCUGCACUACCACCUGUGCAGUGCCCCACGGUCCCUGCUGCAGGAUUUGCUGCCUAAGUAUAUCCUGGACUUCUCCCUCUUUGCCUACCCACUGCCCAAUGUCACGAGGGAGGCCUGUCACCAGUGACCAUGGGUAUGGGCCAGCAGCUGCUGGAGACUGGUUUUGACAAUGCCAGCUUCUCGUGCCUGCCAUUCAGAGAAAUCCUGGCUCUGUCUGAGCCUGGAGCUUCUCCAGAUAUCUGGAUGACAGGGACGGCCCUUGGAAGUUUUUUGUCCAGGGUGGGUGCCCAACAUGGCUCAGAGGACGGGGUUGGACAGGAGGCCUGGUGCUCUCCCAUUGGGGGCAUUUCUUGGGGCCAGUAUGAUCUUCCUUAUCCUGGCAGAGCCAGAUACCAGUUUGCCAGUGAAGUAACACAUCUGUUCUGUAGACUAACUGCACGGAUUGGGCACUUGGCCCACCGUAACCUGUGGCCAAACCCAGAGGUGGCACCCAUAGGAGCACAACCAGAGCCAGGGGCCCUGUGGCUAUGGUCACCCGUUCAUCUACGAGUUAGAAGUCAUGCCUUACAAAUAACUUUUGUGCCUUUCUGUUUCAGACUCAGUUUCCUACACUUGCCAUGUCCUUUCUGUUUUUCCAAGGAAAGGAACACUGAGUUAGGGCUCUUGCCUGGUAGCUCCAGGACCCACCCCUGCAGGCAUCCAAAGAACCCUGUGCCCAGCCUCUUCUUGGAGCUCUGGGCACCUCCUCCCUUCCCCCAAGGCUGUGACUGUGGCUGGUGUAUCUGGCUGUCACUUUUCUGACACAUUUAUUUAAAAUUUGUACUUUUUGAUAGAACCCUGUGAAAGCUUUGUUUUUCUAAUAGCUGCAUUUUUAUUAAAGAUGUUUUGUACACAAAGUCAGCAUCUCUGAUUCUCCUUCUGAGCUCCUCUGCAUCGAGCAAAUCUCCCAAAUGUCCAUCUCCCCAGGUCAGGAGAGGGAGCUUGCAGGUACAGAAAGGAAGACAAAAUGUAACUUGUUUGGGCCAGACUGGUGGGCCACUGCCGUAGCAUGGAGAAUUGGGGAGCUUCCCAUAGGCCAUACCUGAUCACUGACUCAGCUUCUGGGCUGCCACCGCUGGCUGGGCAAACCCCAUUAGGAAUGGCACACCCCCAUGGCUUAUUCCCUGAAGAAGGAGGUGGGUAUGAGACACUGGCUCCUACUCCUCUUAGGCAGGAAUAGUUCUUGACUAAGGAGGCCCCCAGAUGAAAAGGGGGAUUGUUUUGUGAGCAAGGGGAGGUUACUAUAUUCUGGCCUUGAGAAUUACAAGGAAGGCAAGGAGGUUGAGUGAGGAGCAGGCUCUUGCUGACUUAGGUCCAGAAGAAGUGGUGGGCGAUGUGGGAGGAUGUAUAGCUAGCCUUGCUAUUGGCCUGGCGUUGGAGGAGAAGUUGGGGAAGAGGGCUUCUAUGGACACUCAUGGUUCUCUGCCAUGACUCACCAGGAGGCCUUACUUGCCUUAUCUGAUCCCUUGUCUGGGUCAGGUGCCACUCUUUAGGGCCCCCUUGGCUCAGGGGACUCCACCUCAGAUAGCACUUACCAUGCUCUGUUGUAAUGGCCCAGUUACUUGUCAGUCUCUCCACUGAGACUGAACUGUGUGAAGCUGAGACCAUGUCUGUCUUGUUCCCAGAACCUAGCCAAGGGACUGGCCUACAAUACGCAUGUAUAUGGCUCAGCAGAACCACGGUGUAUAUCUUGCUACAGGACAGAGAGCACUGCACUUGGAGUCACCCAGACCGAUCAAGUCCCACCUCUGCUCACCAGCUGCCUAACCACCUCUCUGAGCCUCCACAUACUCCACUGUCUCGUGGGAAUAAUAACACCUAUGUUAUGCCGAUUGCUGUGAGGAUUAAUGAAAACAAAAUGAGUAAAAGGGCCCAUCCCA